UACUUCCUUCACUUGUAGUCCUCACCAAAAAUAGCCAUCUUGUUUGCAAGAGAUUGCUUCGUUUGGCCAGUGCAAGAUGGUUUCAAGGGUUCUUCUUUUUGCGCUUCUUGGUGUGCUUGUUUGCACCAUUGAUGGAAGGAAGCUUGGGAGUGAGAAGGGUGGUUUUAGGGAUGAGAAGAACUUCUUUCACCGUCCGGGCUUUGGAGGAGGUGUAGGAGGAGGAGGUGGAGGUGGUUUUGGUGGUGGUGGAGGAGGAGGGUUAGGUGGUGGCUCCGGAGGAGGGUUUGGUGCUGGUGGUGGUGCAGGUGCCGGUGGUGGAGCCGGAGGAGGCUUCGGGGGCGGUGGUGGUGGAGGAUUUGGCGGUGGCGGUGGAGCCGGUGGAGGAGCUGGAUUUGGUGGAGGGUCUGGAUUUGGAGGUGGUGCUGGUGCUGGUGCUGGUGGCGGCCUCGGAGGUGGAGGAGGGUUUGGAGGUGGCGGUGGUGCUGGCGGUGGACUUGGGGGUGGACUUGGCGGUGGCGCCGGAGGUGGAUUUGGCGGAGGAGCUGGUGUCGGAGGUGGAUUUCCUUGAAAAGUUUGCAUGCACACAUACAUGGCUAUUCUUGUUAUCUUUGGCAUUAAUAACAUAAAAUGUAACAUUAAUAUAUGUUUACGUUGAAUAUUGUUGUAGUUUGUUUCGGGCAUUUAUCUGUCAAAUGGAAAUAACUCCUAAAUCGAAUAUUAAUAACUUUUGUUUAAUCA